GCCUAGAAUCACCAUGGGGGGACGUUAGCAAUUCCAUGUCCAGGCCAUAACACAAAGACUAGAAUCACCAAUGUGGGGCGUUAGCAAUUCUGUGUCCGGGCCACAUCUUUGUUACUUGUCCGUUUGCAACUCCGUGUCCGGGCCAUAACUUGAAGGACAUUGUGAAAUCUCAGUUUGACCAAAUGGACAUGGACGUUAUAUCUUCCCAAGAGUCGGUUGGCGAACCACCGCGCAAAAAAACUCGUUUGGACGACGAUUAUUUGAAUUAUUCUAAAUGGGAUGCAGAAACAGUUGCUGAAAAGCUUAAACAGAACGGUCUGGAUGAAGCUGCUGAGCGUUUUCGUGAGAAUGGUAUAACAGGCGAUACAUUGAUACAGCUUAAAGAUAAAGAUUUUGAGAAGCUUGAAGUAACGGACUUGAACCAAAUAGUGAAAUUACGGAAGUUUAUUCGGACAGUAAAGACACCUCCUUUUCAUUUCCUUGGACAAAAGGUGUUCAACGACCCAAUACACGGCCAUAUAGAACUACAUCCGCUUUGUGUAAAGAUCCUCGACACUCCGGAAUUCCAGCGGCUACGAUUCAUUAAACAACUCGGCACCUGCUAUUUUGUUUACCCAGGGGCUGCCCACAACAGAUUUGAGCAUAGCUUGGGGGUGUGUCAUCUAGCAGGUCAACUCCUUCGCGCAAUACGCCAACGUCAACCAGAGCUGGACAUAACAGACGUGGAUGUUCUCUGUGUUGAAAUAGCAGGCUUGUGCCAUGAUCUUGGCCAUGGCCCGUUUUCUCAUCUUUUCGAUGGCGCCUUCAUACCCAUUGUGUCACCUGGUUCCAGCUGGAAGCAUGAAGAUACAUCGAUAAAAAUGUUCCGAUACCUUGUGAGAAAGAACCAGUUGGACGCAGCAUUUGAGAAAUACGACCUGACGGCUGCUGACAUAACCUUUAUAGAAGAAAUGAUGGCUGGGCCUAAGCAUUAUUGCGAAGAUGUAAGCUCCAACUAUAAUUUAAUUUCUAAUAUAAUACACAUGAAUAGAUGUAUUGCUCUUUGUCUCAAUUUCUUAAUUAGUAUCAUGCUUGAUUUGAUUUAUUCUUUCAUCCAGAUAUGGGCGCUAAAAGGAAGGACAGAAGAUAAAAGCUUCUUGUAUGAGAUCGUUGCAAAUAAGCGAAAUGGAAUUGAUGUAGACAAAUGGGACUACUUUGCACGUGACUGCCUCAUGCUAGGAAUCAGAAACAAUUUUGACUACACUCGCUUCAUACAUUUUGCACGUGUUUUGGAAGUAAAUGGGGCAUAUCAAAUAUGUACACGAGAUAAGGAUUCCGAAACACUAUAUGACAUGUUCCAUAUACGCCAGACGUUACAUCGCAUAGCCUAUAGCCACAAAACAUCGAACAUCAUUCAAAAAAUGGUGACUGAUGCGUUCGUUAAAGCCAAUGACCAUAUCAAGUUUGUUGGAGAAAAGGGUGUUUGGAAGAAAAUGUCAGAGGCCAUUGAUGACAUGAAAGCCUUCAGUCAGAUGACAGAUCACGUUUUCAAUCUUAUUCUGAAUUCAACGGACCCAAACCUGAAAGAAUCAAGGGACAUUUUAACAAACGUUUUGAAGCGCAAGUUGUACAAGUGUGUGGGACAAACGCAAGCAAAGGGAGAACACAUGAAGAAGGAGGAAGACAAACAACAGAUGAUCAAAGAGAUGCGCAAACUUAUGGACAACGAUGAGUACGAAUACUCCCCAUUAAAUAGUUUGAGCGAUCAUGGCAUUGUUUUCCUGUUCGUAGAUUUAGACCACGGAAUGAACGAGAAAAAUCCCAUUGAGAAUACGAUGUUUUAUUGCAAGGAUAGGCCGAAUGAAGCCUUCCAUAUUCGUCGAGAGCAGGAAUCAAACUUUCUGCCCGUACUGUUCAAAGAACAGGCUAUUCGCGUUUACUCGAAGGCGGAUGACAAACGCUCCCAGAAUAUGGUACGGGAAGCGUUUGUCCGUUGGUGCGGACAACACAAAUAUCCAACACCAAAGGGCGGACAUGUGAACUCAAGUCUUACCCGAGUGAAAGCCGGCAAUAGAAACACACAGCAGCCAAAUGAAGCGGAACAACAACAGUAUCAACACAGACGCAGUACUAGAAAUAUCAAACAAGAACCAGAUCUGUAAUAAAAAAAUGCGGCUAUCAAGCAUGAGGACUUCUCAAAACAAUACAUCUAUCUAUGUUGUUUAUUCACGGGGAUAAAGACAAACUGGGCAAUUUGUUGUUAACCUUAUUCACAGCUAUGGAGCUGGAAACACUCUCAAAAUCCCGUGCCAACUUUAUUCCACAUGUUGCAGUAUCAAUGAAGUAUGUCGAGAAUCACCUGUCUGAAAUCUCACAAAUGCAAGCGUCCACAAAACCAAACCUUUUUCAAGGUUUAUUUGGAAACUGAAACGUUACCCCCGCUAACUAAAGUGUCUUAAAUGCAUACCGCCACAAAAACAACACCCUUUCAAGGUUUAUUUGAAAACUGUAACGCUUUCGGUUUUUUUCUUUUACGGUAUGACAUUAUUUUGUACGAUAUAUUUAUUAGAUAUACACAUGCAGUUAGAAUCUGUGUAUUUCUUUGAAUUGUCCUGUUUAUCGAAAUUGUUUAUCUUAUCGCUUGAAUGUUGUCGCCCUUGUUGUCUUCGUCGAUAUGAAAUUAAACAUUUCACUACGACUUAAAAACCAUUAACAAAGUGUUAAACAUAUAACUUGGCAAUACGCACAUACCUUAUAAGAAACACAAAUCCGGUA